GGGUUAGAGAGAGAGAGGGGGGAUAAAAACAGCACAGAGCUCCAUUAAUGGCUACUUUCAUCAUGUAAAUCAAAACCUUUGACAACCAUAGAGUAUGGAUCCGAAUCAGAAGAGAGCCAAAGCGGUUGACCGAGUUGACUCGGUGGAUACAGGCGCAGCAUCGUCCGAGUCGACUCGGAUGUGCCCAUUCCCGGACGAGGUCCUAGAACGGGUAUUGUCGCUGAUAGGCUCCCACAAGGACCGCAGCUCGGUAUCACUCGUUUGUAAAGACUGGUACAACGCCGAGCGGUGGAGUAGGCGCCACGUGUUCAUCGGAAACUGCUAUUCGGUGUCGCCGGAGAUUGUGGCCGCUAGGUUUCCGAGGAUACGGAGCGUGACUCUUAAGGGAAAACCUAGGUUUUCGGAUUUUAAUUUGGUACCGGAGGAUUGGGGAGCUGAUGUUCAUCCAUGGCUGAGUGUUUUCUCGACGGCAUAUCCGUUCCUAGAGGAGCUCCGGCUGAAGAGAAUGGCUGUUAGCGACGAGAGUUUGGAGUUCUUGGCGACAAAUUUUCAAGGUUUUAAAGCUCUGUCGUUAUUGAGCUGUGAUGGGUUCAGUACUGAUGGAUUAAAAGCCAUUGCUACUAAUUGCAAGAACUUGACAGAACUGGAUGUUCAGGAGAAUGGGAUCGAUGAUCUGGGUGGCCAUUGGUUAAGUUGCUUUCCGGAAAGCUUAUCCUCAUUAGAAAUUCUUAAUUUUGCGAGCUUAAACAGUGAAGUUAGUUUCGAUGCCCUUGAGAAGCUUGUUUCUAGAUGCAAAUCUUUAAGGGUUUUGAAAGUUAAUCGGAACGUAAGUUUGGAUCAAUUACAAAAGCUUCUUUUGCAGGCUCCACAGUUGAUGGAGCUUGGUACUGGAACCUUUAUGCAAGAACUCGUCUCUGGUCCAGUCACCGAGCUCAAAAAUACGUUCAGUAACUGUAAACAUCUAGUCACUCUUUCGGGCUUAUGGGACGCUACCCCACUUUAUCUCCCGGUUAUUUAUCCUGCAUGUGCUCGUUUGACGUUUUUGAAUCUGAGUUAUGCAACCUUACGCAGCAUUGAACUUGCCAAUCUUCUUACUCAUUCUAAAAGCCUUCGUCGCCUUUGGCUUCUUGAUACUGUAGGUGAUAAGGGUCUAGAAGCAGUUGGAUCCUGUUGCCCCUUACUCGAAGAGCUACGAGUCUUUCCAGCUGACCCAUUUGACCAAGAAAUCUUCCUUGGCGUGACCGAAUCCGGGUUCGUGUCCGUUUCUCGUGGCUGCCCGAAGCUCCGUUAUGUCCUCUACUUCUGCCGCCAAAUGACAAAUGCUGCUGUCGCCACCAUUGCCCAGAACUGCCCGGAUUUCACCCACUUCCGCCUCUGCAUAAUGAAUCCCGGUCAACCAGAUUACCUGACCAAGGAGCCAAUGGACGAAGCCUUUGGUGCGAUUGUCAAGACCUGUACCAAGCUUCAACGGCUUGCGGUUUCCGGCCUCUUAACUGACAGAACAUUCGAGUAUAUCGGGAAAUACGCUAAAAACCUAGAAACACUUUCUGUUGCUUUUGCAGGAAGUAGUGAUUUGGGGAUGGAGUACGUAUUAGGAGGCUGCCCGAAACUGAGAAAGCUCGAGAUACGAGACUGCCCGUUUGGUAACGCGGCAUUGCUUUCGGGUUUGACCAAGUACGAGUCAAUGCGAUCCUUGUGGAUGUCAGCUUGCAAUGUGACAAUGAAUGGGUGCAGGGAGUUGGCUAAAGAGAAACCUCGGUUAAAUGUUGAGGUGAUGAAAGAUGAAGGUAGCGAUGAUAGUCAGGCUCACAAAGUUUACGUCUAUCGAACCGUGGCUGGACCACGAAGGGAUGCACCACCUUUUGUUCUCACCCUCUGAGUCCAACCCUCAAGAUGCUAUUAUAAAGUUGAUAGCUUUUUUCUGAUAAAAUGGAAAUCUGAAUGUGGGGAAUUUGUCAAGCAAGCGACGAAUAAGAUGUAUAUACGUCAGAAUGUGAUGAGGGGUAAAACUGGUAUUCUUUCUUACUUCCAUUAGGUAAUUUUUUUUAAAUUUAUAAAUGUGGGGAUAAAAUUAGUACUUUCAUAUGUGGUAGUAGAUGAUUGAUAACGGAUGAUCAUGAGCUUCUUCCUGCU